UGGAUCGUCUGGCCCGACAGCGGGCAUCAGGUCACCAGGCAUGACAGCGGGCACUGGGUCAUCAGGCAUUGGAUCCUCUGGCUCGACAGCGGGCAUCGGGUCACCAGGCAUGACAGCGGGUACUGGGUCAUCAGGUACUGGAUCGUCUGGGAUCGACAGCGGGCAUCGAGUCAACUGGCCUAAUGGAAUCAUCAGGCUGGGCAUCAGGCUGAAUGGGAGGCAUCAGGCUGAAUGGAGGCAUCAGGCUGGGUAAGGCAUCAGGCUGAAUUGUGGGCGCCGAGACACCAGGCUGCACCAUGGAAGGCGGGUUCUCAGAUGGGAGGCUGACCGGUUUGGAUACUGGCA